AUGAAGGGGACUGCGUCCAUGGUGAUAUUACUGACCACGGUUUGUAAUGCAAUUACAGAAAAUAGCACAACGAUAACGAAGUCUACCAUUGAGGAUUCUGAUAAUUUCAACACCACUGAAAUUCAGACUACAAAUGUUCCGAGUAUAAAUCAAACUGAAACUGUGACACCGGUAAAUCUAAGUGAGAAUAAUUCAGUGAGGUACUCGAACCGAACAGGAAAUGUGUCGAUCGAUAAGCAAGACGAACGAUCAGCAGGCCCUACACCUCAGGAAGUGGCGAAGAACAAUCUUUACACACUAAUUAAAAUUCGAUUACUGGGGAAUCUUCUUCAGCGUCUUCCAGUAGAACGAAGACAGUUCAUUUUCAUCAAUGCCAUAAAGCAAGUUAGCAGGGACGCUAACAAAGAGAGUAAUGAAGAGAAAAAGGCAAAAGCGUUCUCUAUGCAACACCGCAGCUUCGAUGAUAGCACGGAACAUGAAUCAGGAAGUCAGGAAAUUUCAAGAGAAAAUAUUGAAAACAGUCAAGAAAAAUCGCCGGAUUCUGGGGAGGAAGAAGCUCCACAACACAAUGCGCAGACGCAGCUUGAACUUCAAGUCAUAAAAGAUCAAGUGAGUAACGAUGUUGAACACUUAUUAAACACAGUGUUUCCUGGUGUCGAAUCCAACCCAUCACAGAGGUCAGUUCUUAAAGAUAUGAAAUCCGAUUCAGCGAUUCAAUAUAAACCGUCUACAGUUAGCAUGCAAAAUCGCCAGCAUACAAAUUCACCACUUAAAAUUCAGUCUGCAUCUCACUCCUUCAACCAUGUUUCCACAAAAUCUCAUACAAAUCACGAUUCGAGAAUAUCAGGUUUCACAUCCACAGAUUACGACACGCAUCAUGUACCAACAGCAGUGCAAAGAGAUUUCAACUUUGAGAAGACACAUCCACCGCCUAUGCAUCUUUCCGAUCGUGGUUUACUUUCUCGGCCUCCUUAUUUGGGGGAGUAUCCUCACCAGGAAGAAAAGGUCAAUGCUAAUCAACAUUCAACAGAUCCAAGUCACGUUUAUUCUCCUCCGCCAUCAACCACUCCGUAUACUGUGUAUCAACAAACCAGUCUUCACUCUGAACCAUUCCAAGAAUCACUGAAUUUGAAACCAGUGAUAUACAGUGACAGCAGUGAAAAAUUACCAUUAUCAGUUACAUACUUUAACAAAGGUACCGGGAAGACUGCUGACAGUAAGGAAAAUACUAACCAUUUGGACAUUUUAAAGAUACUAAGUCAAAAUGAUGAGGCUACGAAACACAACGUACCACAGCAUACAAGUACUAAUUCUGUAGAAAGCGAUACAUCAAAGAGUAGCGAGGAAGAAAUUUUGUCUGACCUCAAAUUUGAUUCCACUACAAUCAUCCCUAAUUUAGAUUUACAUCCAUCAGAAGAUGUGCAAGAUUACUAUGACAAUCAUCUGUUAAAAUCAGAUCAAACAAAUGCAGAAGAUGCUGUGAAGAUAAUAUUUGAUCUCUUCAAUGACUACGAUGAUCAUUUUGAAGAUUAUGAUAACGAAAAACUUAAUUUCGAUAUCGAACUUUAUCCAACAUCUACCUCAACUCCAAUACAAAAUACACAGAAUCAUACAUCAAAUACAAACACAGUCUCCCACACAUUUGACUUUGCUGCAAGAGAAGAAAACGUGCACCAUUUGUCGUCUACAGAAGUUAGAGAUACAAAUGAGGACAGCAGUAGCAGUGAAGGCAAUGAAUGGUUAACUACAGAUCACCAAUACACUCGCCAACAAAGUCAGCAGCCUAAAGACACACAGCAACCUUCUUCACAAGGUUUGGAAGCAAAGAAAGAUAAACAGCGGAAUGAUAAAGGUAACGGUGAAAGUUCAAACAGUCAAGAAAUCACAGAUACAACAUUGGACUCCAGGAAGAUUCUUUCUGAAAUGACAAUUGGUAGUAUCACUCAAUCAAAUACAUACACCAAAAAGACAGAUAGGAAUGCAGAGGAUGUGAGUUCUAGUGAAGAGCAUUUGAUGACCUCUCAAGUUUUGCCUAAACCUCUUCACUCUCAUUUUUCGAAUGAAAGGUACUCAGAAGUAUCAAAAGAAGAAGAGGAAAGAAUAUAUGGUUUUGAUAGUGAAGAAGAAUAUGGUAGACAUGGAAGUGAUAGCGAAAAAACAAAUUCCAAUGAAAAAGACAUUUAUGAUAAUCAAAAUGUUCUACAUGAUGCUUUACAAUCAAAAGGUUCCUCCGUACAUGUCAAUCAAGAGGAGUCAACACAAAAUUUGUUUGAGGAAAUAUCCAAGGAAGAUUCAAAUGAGCAAAGUGUAAGUAAAGAAUCAAGUGAAAAGCAUAAUCCAUGGUAUUUAAUGAAACUGGAUGAAGAUUCCACAGUAAAAAGUAAAGAUUAUGACGGAAAAAAUAAUUUACAAUAUGAAGAAAGUAGCAGUGCAUCAAUGGAAGAGAACAUGAAUAAGAAUCAUUUCAGUCAGUCAGAAGACGCCAGUGUUGAAAACUAUGACAUUAAUGGUAUUAUUAAAAUUUCGUUUGGAAGUGGUAAUUCAGGGGAAGAUACAGAGAAAUAUGUAAAUAGUGAAUCCAAAGAGGGGGAUGGAAAAUCCCUUCUUCCAGGGGUAAAAUCCUUAUCGUUUGAUAAUGGGGGCAAAUCUACUCAUCAAAAAGCUUCUAGUAGUGAAAAUGACAUUAGAAUGGAAAGAAAAAAUCCAAAUCAUAAUAAAGAAAGUUACGCCACAGAGGACACAACCGAAAGUGAGGAAUAUGCAAAUAGUGAAUCCAAAGAGGAGGGUGGAAAAUCUUUGCUUCCAAGAGUAAACUCUAUUUCGUUUGAUAAUGGGGAUAAAUCUACUCAUCAAAAAGCUUCUAGUAGUGCAAAUGACUCUAAAAUGGAAAGAAAAAAUCCAAUUUAUAAUGAAGACAGUUACUCCACAGAGGACACAACCGAAAGUGAGGAAUAUGCAAAUAGUGAAUCCAAAGAGGAGGGUGGAGAAUCUUUGCUUCCAAGAGUAAACUCUGUUUCGUUUGAUAAUGGGGGCAAAUCUACUCAUCAAAAAGCUUCUAGUAGUGAAAAUGACUCUAAAAUAGACAGAAAAAAUCCGAUUCGUACUGAAGGCAGUUAUUCCACAGAGGAUGCAAACGACAGUGAAGAAUUUGAUGGAAAUUCGAAAACUGUUGAUACGAAUUCAGACGAGAGCAGUAGUGAAAGCAAGAUAGAAAACAGCGAGUCUAAGAUAGAAACAAGCACUACUGAGAAGUCUGCCGACAGCGAUUCAACAGAAAUUAACGAUGACAAGAAUGAUGGAUUUCAAAUCAACAAUUCAUACACAAGAGAAGAUCAAAGCGACAACAGCGAUUCCAGCGAAGAAAGCAAUAUCAAACAAUUGUAUAUCAACAGUGACUCGGCUGAAAGUGGAGAAAUUCAACUACAAAAGGACAGUAUUUCAAAAGAAAAAAGUAAUUCAAUUGAAAAUCAAUUAAAAAUUAGUCACACAUCAGUAAGUAGCGAAUCUUACUCCGAGAAUAAAAGCUUUUUUAGGGACGAUGACAAAGGAUCCUCGAGCAGAGAAAGUGAAGAUAUUGACAGUUCAUCAAAAGACAUUUCAUGUGAAGGGAAAUAUUGCAGUUCAUACGAAUACAGCAGUGAAUCAACAAGUUUUGGGGUGGAUUCUGAUGACAGUGAAGAGAAAGAGGUAAAGGAUUUCGAUUAUGUGUCAAGCAAAAGCACCGAAGAUACGAACAGAUCCGAUGAAGAUGAUACCGAAGAAAUAUCAGGACAAGACAGUAACGAAACAUCAGAGAAAAAUGACAGAGCAAACACAGGCAAUAAUGCAGCAUCAGAAAUAGAGAGUGCAUCUAAAGAGACCAUGAAUUCUAUUUCAUCAGAGGAGCAAACUUCUGAAAACAGCAUUGAAAGUAAAUCCGAUAGUGAUGAGCACUUUUACGAAGAAAGAAUUCUAUUUGACACUAAUGACAACGACAGCAGUGAAAAUCUAGACACAGAGGUGAAGACCAAAGAAAAUCAAUUAAGAAAGGUAUUCUCUAGCGAGUCCAAAGAAUACAACCAAAACGAAGAGACCAAAAAUGGACAUGACAGCAAUGAGAAAUCCAAUGACGAUAAGCAGAUAAUUGAAUAUGAUAGUCACGGCAUGUCGAACGAACACGGAACUUCAACAUCUGAUGAAAAGAAGGAUCAGAGCAAUGAAGACAUGGCAUACUCACAAAAAACAGCCGAAAGUAGCGAACAGAGAGCAGACGAAAGUAAAGUUGAAAAUGAAGAAUCUGGAAAAGAACAUAACAGUGAGGAAAGCCAGGAACAACUGAAAGAAAAAUACUUAGAAGAGGAAAGGGGUUACAGCAAUGAUCACGAAGAACCAAAAGAACAACAAACAGAAGAGACAACAAAUAAAUAUGAAAGAAGUAAAGACGAGGCGCCAAAAGAGCAGGACAUAGUCAAAGAUAACAGCAACAAAAAUAGUAUUGAAGAACCCAGCGAAGAACACAACAAAGAUGAAAUUAAAGAUGAAAUUAAUAGAAAUAAUAGCGAUGAAGAACCAAAGGAUCUGAUUGAAACUGGCGGAAUUGAAGAAAGCAGGGAAGGAAGCAGUGGCGAAGGACCAAAAGACGACGAUACGACAGAGGAAAAGGGAGAGGGUAGCAAUGAAAAAAGAUCAGAGGAACUAACAGAUAAUAAAAAGGGCAGAACAAAAUGGAAUGAGGAAAAUCCUACAGAGAAAAAGCAAGAAGACUAUGGUAAAAAUAAGGAAAAUGACAAUGAAGAAGACACGUCUAUGGUAGAACACAAUAUAUAUGAAAAGAACGAGGAAGAAUAUCCAGAGAACAAAGAAUACGAUGAUAAAUCCAAUUGUAAAGAUGAAACAAGUGAUGAAAACAACAGUAAUAAAAAUGACAAUUAUGAUGAGAUGAAUGAUGAAAUAAGAGAUGACGAUGAAUUAGAGAAUGCUGUAGAGAUGAUCAGCGACAUGUUCCUUUUCGGUUUCGAUGAAUCAAGCAGUGGUAAACAUACUGAUUAUGACACUAAGAAGAACUACAACACUCACAUGAAAUACGAAAACAAUGGAAGAGUGAAGGGGCUUCUUAAGAAACUGGUCAACUUACAGCAAUUCUGGCAAAGGAAGAAAUCAGGGUAUGGUUCUUUGAAAGCUAAGGAUUCUCCCAAUUCUUCAAAUCUACAAAUGAAAUUACCAACAUUAAAGCACGACUUGUAUGGCAAUCCACCAAGGAGGAGAACUAUUUACAGUGGAGGAUCGUACUCAAACUAUAAACGCUCUAAAUCACACAAAUCAAGAAAUCACUACAAUCCUCCUUCUUAUCGUUCCUCAUCUUACGGCACAGGUACUCCGUUAAACUACAAUGGUGGUGCAUAUAUGCCCUAUGAAUCUACUUUCUCUACAUAUUUGCCAAGUCAAUGGAAAUAUUUGUACAAACUUCAGUCUUCUAAUACACGACCAAGAUCUGGAAAAUCUGGUUAUAGAUCUAGAAGACUUAAAAUAAAUUUUGGAAAGAGUAAGAAUAAUUUCCGUAAAAACUACAGUGAAUCACGAACAAGAAAUGGUUUAUCAAGACUGUCCGAUAUCUUGAUAAAUCGACCAAGAAAUAGUACACAUGGAUUCAGAAGAGUGUCCCAAGGCAGUGACAACAGUUACACAAGAAACCAAUACGACCAACACCGCUACAUGUAUGAGGGAAACAAUGCUGAUGACUCGGUAAUAGUUCAUCCCGUUGUCACUAAGAGCAAUUAUUAG